CCAUCUCACUCCUCCGAGCCUCUCUUAGCAGAGUAGACUGUCCAGAGUCCUCUGCUCAACCGUUAUAUAUCACCAGAAGAAACAGCCAGCAUGGCCCCUCCCGAAGUGUUCUCCCUUAGCCAGCAGACUCCGGUCACUUGCCAUGCUUUCAAUGCGGACCGCUCCCAGGUCGCUGUGAGUUUGAACUCUAACGAAGUACUCAUCUACGCGCGCGAGGGGAGCGAUUGGAAGCACAUCGAUACUCUCACCGAGCAUGACAAGCAAGUCACCUCUAUUGACUGGGCGCCGAAGUCCAACCGCAUCGUCACGUCCGCUCAGGAUCGGAACGCGUACGUCUGGCAGCAGAGCCCUGACCCGCAGACGGGGCAUAUGAUUUGGAAGCCGACGCUCGUCUUGCUGCGCGUGAACCGCGCAGCGACGUACGUGCGAUGGAGCCCGAACGAGGACAAAUUUGCGGUGGCGAGCGGCGCUCGUGCGAUUGCCAUCUGCUCCUUUGAUCCCGAGGGUGACUGGUGGGUGUCACGCCUGCUCAAGAAACCCAUCAGGUCUACGGUGCUGUCCAUCGACUGGCACCCGAACAACGUGCUUCUUGCUGCCGGAAGUGCGGAGGCCAAGGCCCGCGUCUUCUCUGCUUACAUUAAGGACGUGGACAAGAGGCCCGCAGCUUCCGUCUGGGGCGAGAAACUCCCUUUCAAUACCAUCUGCGGCGAGUAUGCCAGCCCUUCCGGCGGUUGGGUGCACGAUGUAGCUUUCUCACCCUCAGGUGAUGUGCUCGCCUUUGCCAGCCACGACAGCUCCAUCUCUAUCGUUUACCCAGGUGGCCCUGCCGUAUACAGCAUCAAGCUGUCAAUCCUUCCGCUGGUCGCUCUCACCUGGACCAACGAGGAGACCGUUAUCGCAGCAGGGCACGACUGCCAGCCGCUGGUCUUCUCUGGCAACCAGGGCGGCUGGGAGCUCGUCGGCAGCCUCGACGACCCCCAGUCGAACAAGGCCUCCGGGGGCACGCGCUCCGGUCUUGGCAACGCCUCACCCGUUGGCCGGCUUAACAGCGCGGCCUUCAACACGUUCCGCAACGCCGCCGAGCGCGGUAUCUCCAACGCGCCCGGAUCCCCCACGGUGGGCUCCUCUGCGGAGUCUGAGCUCUUCACCGUGCACCAGAACACGAUCACGAGCGUGCGCGUGUACGACGGCUCCCCUGACAACGUUACGAGAGUGAGCACGUCGGGCGUGGACGGGAAGCUCGUCAUCUGGGACGUGAGCGCGGUCACGCCGAUCGGCGCGACUGGCCUUGCGGGGAAGCUGGGGAAGAUGCAGCUGCGGUAGACAUAUCGAUACAAUAGUGUAGCAUAGAAACCCGAAUCACGAAAUCGAGUGUGGCGGCGAUACAGUUGGGUUUGGCAGAAAGACGCGAGAGGGCUGUCAGUGUCUGACGGUAUCGUCUGCGGUGGUGUCGGCGUAUCCGGAGGAUGUAUCUGCCAUGGGUUGUUCGUUGAUGACGGCCCAUACGGAUGCUUUGAACAAAGUCAAGACAAGUCCCAUCUUCACUUCCAAACCGCGUAGCUGUUUCAGCAGCUUCUCAUCUGGGGCUUCGCUAACGCGCCGCGUUUCUGCAACCAGCUCUUUGAUGUUCUGCGAUAGCUUCGCGUAUUGCCACAACACCUCCGCCUCCAGCUCGGAUAGAUUGGGAUGACCCUCGUAGGGAUUCGUCUCAAAGACAGUGCUAUUUGAUAGGGCAGAAGACAUCGCGGGCUGCUGUGGUGAGGGCUUCACAUCAGCAGAGUGAGAGGCCCG